CCGCAGCCCCGGGCUCUGCUGCGGACUCGCCGUCACUUUGAGCCCGAACAAUGGCAGCAACUGCCGGCGUCCGCGCCGCUCUCCUCCUCCUCCUCCUCUCGGCCGCCGCCUCCUGCAGCCCCGCCGCUCCCGAUCCCUUAGACAGCCUGGUCGGGGACACGGCUCGGUGCCAGAGCCUUUGCCGCAGCACCUUCCCGCUGGCCGGGCGGUCCAGGGAGGCAACACUGAUUGCCUGUCAGCGAGGGUGCCGUCUUCUUUCUAUCUGCCAGUUUGUGGAUGGAAUCAGUGGUUUGAACAGCACCAGAGCUGAGUGUGAGGCAGCAUGCCUGGAGGCAUACAGUCAGACAGAGGAACAGUAUGGCUGCAACACUGGCUGCAGGGAGCAGUUCCUAGAAGUGGAGCAGAGACAGAAACAGCUCCUGACAAUUACCCCUGAAGUCCCCUCAUUCGCACUCUUUGACUACGUGUCCAACCUGUGCAGUGAUUUUGUCAACUCAGCCCAGAGUUUCAUCUCCUCCACCUGGACCUUCUACCUGCAGGCUGAUGAUGGCAAGGUUGUGGUGUUCCAGGCUAACCCUGAAGUAGAGUUCUCGUCCCUAGAGCUGGAGCCCUCACGUGAGGUUGAGAAUUCCCAGGACUGGAUCCCUGGCCACCACAAGGAGCUGGGGCCAAAGACUAUUCCCAGAACACCGGAACCACAACCAGCUGUUGUCGAAAGCGUAAAGAAGGGUGCAGACAGUAGGAUGAUCCCAGAGCCAGUACUGAAAGAGAAGCUCACAGAUCGAGAGGGCUCGCAGUCGCAGCACGACUUCUUGGGCUGCAUGUCACGGCGCUCCGGGCUACCCCGUUGGAUCCUGGCUGGCUGCCUGGUGUUGUCGAUCGUGGUCAUGCUGUGGCUGAGUUGUGCAAGUUUAGUGACUGCCCCAGAUCAACACGUGAAGUCACAGCCUCUGAGCAUCAAUGGUGAUCAGGAGAGUGCGGUGAAGGCCCCUUUGUAUGGACUGUCCCCUGUUAUUGCUGUAACAAUCCAGGAUCAAGAGGAGGAGGAUGUGGGGCCUCUGCCUGUGAAAGUGGACCUGAGUAAAACCCUCAUCUAGAACUUAAUUUCCUAGCUUAAUGGGACAUUCUUGUCUUGCUUGCUCGAGGUGCAGUUUCAGUAUUGACAUGAGUAUCCCCUCUUCCCCUGUUGUUAAAUAUAUCCCGGACUGCUGGCCAGGGAGAGGAUUAUGCUUUUUGGAAUCUAACAGAGCCAUAAAAAAUCUCUGGA